ACCACCUUAAUAGACACCUCUGCCCUAGAGAGCUCAUGAGCCGUCAAGUUGACAGCUUUGGUUACAUGUCCUGCAAGCAGAUACGUAGAAUUUCCAGUAUACGUAUUUGAGUUAUAGGUUAUAAAUAUCAUAAACAUGAAACGUAAGAAAGAGAAACACGAAUUUGUACAAGAAAGUAAAAAAUCACGGAAGAAACAUAAGAAAAAACAUAAAAAGCACAGGAAACAUGAUAUAUCGGACUCAAGUGAUGAUAGUAGUGGAAGUGAACAAGAAUGGGUGGAAAAAUCUACACAAUCUCAAUCAGUAAAUCAAGACGUAGGUACUUUACCUACAAAAACAGAGGAAUCUUGUAAAAGAGAAGAGUGGAUGGAUGCGAAAAAUAUAUUUCCUUGCAUCUUUAAUGAUAAAAGAUCAUUGCCCGUUAGCAUGAACAAACAAACCAACCAAUUGGAUUUAGAUAAAGUAGGACAAAGCAGUAAAGAAUUAAAUCCAUAUUGGAAAAAUGGUGGAAAUGGUUUACCUUGUGCAGAUUUAAUAAAUACAAAUAAGGACCAAAUCAUGGAUGCAAACUGGCUUAAGAAAAGCCUUUUGCGAGCACAAGAAGAAGCAGAAAGUAAAGGGAGAUGUUUAGAAGAAAUUGCAGCUGAGAGAUGGGGUUCUUUAGAAGUUAUUCAGUCAAUGAUAUUGAAAGCAGAAAAAACAUCAAGAGACAAAUUAAAAAAUAAUAUAGGAAGCAAUAAAGCAUAUAAGAUUGAAGAUCAUAGGAAGAAAAAUAAAAGACAUGAAGGUAGUGGACACCAUUCAAAUUAUUCUGUAAAAUUAAAAAAUGAUCAUUAUAAAUCUAAAUCCAAAAGUCAUAAUCAAAGUGAACAACAUAGAAUACCGGAUACUGUACAUCACAGUAAACAUAAACCAACAUACAAAAAGCCUACAGAUGAUGAUUGUCCUGUUAAUACUUCACAUAGUAUACAUUAUUCACGUAUAAAAAAGUGGCAAAAGUCAAAGAUAUCGGAUAAAACUGAAGAAAAUGAAUUGAAUGCUUCUGAAUUGAAGACUGUCGAUGUUCAAUGCAAUAGUAAUAUUAAUAAUAUAGGUAACAAAGAAAUUCAAACUAUAACAGAAUCAGAACUAAAUAAAUUAGGAGCAAAAAUUGUUAAAGCAGAAAUAAUGGGUGAUAUUAAACUUGCUGCUGAAUUAAAAAAUCAAUUGAAGAAAGCUAGGGAACUAGCGACGAAUACUACUCAAUUGGAUAAAUCUGAGAAAGAUCAGACUGUAAUUCUUACAAGGACUGAUACUAAAGGUGUUACAAGGCCAUUGGAAUCUAGAAGUCAGUUUACAGAACCUUCAGAGAAUGUCGUAAAAAAGAAUGUACAAACUCACUCUGCAGGGAAAAGAAUGCUACAUUAUUAUGAUGAUGAUAAAUAUUCGUUACAGCAAAUGUUCCAACGUGAAAAAGGAAGGUCAACAAAUGAAGAUGAUGCUCUAUUUGCUAAAGUUGCUUCUAAGAAUAUGAAUAUGGAUGAAAUAUUUGAAGAACAAAUUACACGAGUUCAAUCAAAUACAAACCGGGAUGAAAAAGAUCGUUCACUUGCUAUCAAGGAACAUAAACGACUAUCAAAAAGUUUAGAUACUUGUCACUGGUGCAUAGAUUCCAAAUACAUGUUAAAACAUAUGAUUAUUGCAAUGAAUUCUGAAAUUUGUUUAAGUCUUCCUCCUUAUACUUCUUUAACCGAAGGACAUUGUAUAAUUACACCAGUACACCAUAUUGCUUGUCAAUUGCAAUUAGAUGAAAAUAUUUGGGAAAAAUUAAAGGUAUUUAAACGAAUUUUAUAUGACAUGUUUACGGAACAAAAUAAAUAUCCAGUAUUCUAUGAAAGUUAUAAAAAUCGUCACAAAUUUUUGCAUAUGCAAUUAGAAUGUGUUCCUUUACCAAAAAAAAUAGGUGAAUUAAUUCCAAUGUAUUUCAAGAAAGCAUUACUGGAGUGUGAAACAGAAUGGUCAAUGAAUAAAAAAGUUAUUGAACUUGAACACAAGGAUAUACGAAAAGCCAUACCAAAUGGUUUAUCUUAUUUCAUGAUCGAAUUUGAAAGUGGUAAAGGAUAUGCCCAUGUUAUAGAAGAUGAACACUUAUUUCCAACAAAUUUUGCAGAGGAGAUUAUCGGCGGAAUGUUAGAUUUAAAUCAUGAUGUUUGGCGUAAACCUAAAAAAGAAAAUUUUAAUCAACAACGAGAAAAAGUAUUAAAAUUUUUAGAAAUGUCAAGAAAAUAUGAUUUUACAGUUACUUAAUUUGAUUUCUGCAAUUAUGCAACUCUAAAACAUAAACUUGUACCUAAAAUUAAAACUUGUAAAGAUACAUUAACGUUUUUCAUAGAAAUAUGAAUAACAAAAAAUGCUAUUUAAAUUACAUCUAUUUCUUUUAUUUAAUGUAUAAACAAUAAAUAUCGAUUUAAUAUUU